AUGGAGGGCUACUGCAUGCUCUACGUCGACUACUUCACCGACGACCCAUUGCAUGAUGCAAGUUGGAUUGCACCAGCAUGGCAGGGUUUUUUGCGGAUGCUGGCAUAUGGAGCUCAUGGCGAUUCUGGCUAUGACUAUCUUCGUAUGGCGGAGUCCACCACCCUUGAUUGUUUCUACCGGUUCCGCAUGGCGAUGAUAGCAGUGAUCAGGGACAUCUACUUGAGGUCGCCCACUAUCGAACACACUGCUAAAAUCCUCGCUGUCAAUAAAGCUCGAGGAUUUCCAAGGAUGCUUGGAAGCAUUGACUGCAUGCAUUGGAAAUUGAAGAACUGUCUGUUUGCCUGGCAGAACAACAAGGGAUACUAUCAUGCAAACGGUAUCUAUCCAAAGUGGGCAACAUUUGUGAAGACUAUCUAUGGCCCCGACCUCCUGAAGGAGAAGGAGUUUGUCAAGGAACAUGUUGCCGAAAGGAUGUUGAGCGUGCAUUUGGUGUCCUGCAUCAGAGAUUUGUUGUAG